GACCGGAGGGGGAGAGGGAGGGGAACGGAGCAGAGCAGAGCAUUUUCCUGUUGUAGUAACCACACGCUGCCUCCCUCCUGUUACUUCACUGCAGCACUCGGCAACAGCAGCACUGGGCAACAGCAGCACCACCACUUAGCGGGAGACACACAGUAACCCGGCUUUUCCCCCUCCUCUCUCUCUCUCUCUCUCUCUAGCUCUCUCUCUCUCUCUGUGCGUGCUCAGCAGAGCUCUCCUCUCUCUCUCUCUCUCUCUCUCUGUGCGUGCUCAGCAGAGCUCUCCUCUCUCUCUCUCUGUGUGUGCUCAGCAGAGCUCUCCUCUCUCUCUCUCUGUGCGUGCUCAGCAGAGCUCUCCUCUCUCUCUCUCUGUGCGUGCUCAGCAGAGCUCUCCUCUCUCUCUCUCUGUGCGUGCUCAGCAGAGAUCUCCUCUCUCUCACUCCUGCGGCGUAUUACAGCUUUGGUUUAAGUGGACACCGCUCCGCUCCUCGCCCACUGCCUCUGCAUGACUGUCACAAAGAUGUCAUGGCGUCCGACAUACCGAAGCUCCAAGUUUCGAAACGUCUACGGCAAAGUGGCCAACCGGGAGCACUGCUUUGACGGCAUUCCCAUCACCAAGAACGUCCAUGACAACCACUUCUGUGCCGUCAAUGCCAAGUUCCUGGCCAUCGUCACGGAGAGUGCCGGUGGAGGGUCCUUUAUCGUUAUCCCUGUCUCCCAGGCGGGCCGCAUCGACCCCCACCACCCCAAAGUGUGUGGCCACCAAGGCAAUGUCCUGGACAUCAAAUGGAAUCCCUUCUUUGAAAACAUCAUAGCUUCCUGCUCUGAAGAUUCCUCUGUACGAAUAUGGGAGAUCCCAGAGGGAGGGCUGAGGCGGAAUAUGACAGAGGCCAUGAUGGAGCUGUAUGGACACAGCAGGCGUGUGGGCCUCAUCGAAUGGCACCCCACCAGCAGUGGAAUCCUCUUCAGUGCUGGCUAUGACUAUAAGGUAUUAUCACUUAUCACUGGCUACUACUGUAAGGUAUCAUCACAGAUCACUGGUUACGACUGUAAGGUAUCAUUACAGAACACUGGCUACUACUGUAAGGUAUCAUUACAGAUCACCGGUUACGACUGUAAGGUAUCAUUACAGAACACUGGCUACUACUGUAAGGUAUCAUCACAGAUCACUGGCUACUACUGUAAGGUAUCAUUACAGAUCACUGGCUACGACUGUAAGGUAUCAUUACAGAUCACCGGUUACGACUGUAAGGUAUCAUUACAGAUCACUGGUAUCAUACAGAUCACUUGCUACGACUGUAAGGUAUCAUUACAGAUCACUGGCUACUACUCUGGUAUCCUACAGAUCAGGUACGACUGUGUAUCAUUACAGAUCACUGGCUACUACGACUGUAAGGUAUCAUUACAGAUCACUGGCUACGACUGUAAGCUUAAGAACCACAGGGUGAACAGAGUGGUGUUUCUGGGCAACAUGAAGAGGCUCACUAUGGUGAUGAACACCAGACAGAUCAGUGCACUGUGGGAUCAGAAGAGGAUAGACAGUCUCUCAGGGCUGCUGUUUAAUUUUAUGAUGCAGACACACAUGCUGUACCUGGCAGGAAAGGGCGAUGGCAACAUCCGUUACUAUGAGAUCACCACAGAGAAGCCAUACCUGCAGUAUCUCAUGGAGUUCCGCUCCCCUGCCCCACAGAAAGGCCUUGGUGUGAUGCCUAAGCAUGGGCUGGACGUAACGGCCUGCGAGGUGUUUCGCUUCUACAAGCUGGUGACGCUGAAGGGGCUGAUCGAGCCCAUCUCCAUGAUAGUACCAAGGAGGUCAGAGACGUACCAGGAGGACAUUUAUCCAAUGACGGCAGGGACCGAGCCUGCCCUCUCAGCCAAUGACUGGUUGAGUGGUAUCAACCGAGACCCAGUGUUAAUGUCCCUGAAGAAGGGCUACCAGAAGCCCAACCAGCUGGUGUUCAAGGCACCGGUGAAGGAAAAGAAAGGUGUGGUGGUCAACGGCAUUGACCUGCUGGAAAACGUGCCACCCAGGACAGAGAACGAGCUACUGAGGAUGUUCUUCAGACAGCAGGAGGAGCUGAGAAAGCUGAAGGAGGAGCUGAACACCAAGGACGUUAAAAUACGCCAGCUGGAGCUGGAACUCAACAACCUGAGGAACGUCAGCCCCGUUGGAAACAAUGCCUGACCUCUGAUCUCUAGCUUAUGGCACCACCAUCACCACCAUGCCACGUCCAGCGUCCUCCCUCCCUUUCACCGUGUAUCAUUUGUACUUCCUGUUGCAAUUGAUAAUGUAAUAGCCACCGGAUAAUGUAAAUACUGAUUAUAACGUUUGUGUAACAAUUUUUGUUAUCGAUAAUGUCAUCAUAUUGACAUCACUGUUAAAUCCCUCAAUUGAUAACAUAAUAACCAACUGGUAAUGUAUUUUAUUGUUAUAAGAUUUUUUAAAAUUCUGUUGAUAGAUGUAUCCUGAUAUCCGGUUUGGUUUCAUUAUGAUUAGUUAUUACAUCAUCACUCGCAAUACACCCCUCCCCCCUAUUGCAGAGCACCAUCAGUGUAUCCCAGGGGUCCUCACACCCCACCUGCCAUGUCAUGCCAUGCCCCUCUGAGUCCACCUGGCAAAGCCUUUGUCAUCACCCAGAAAUGCCACCCCCAAAUCCUCCAACCUCCACCCUGCCAUCGCCAGAGACUAACCUGGGGAAAGAGAUUGACUUCCCCCUUCUCCCCCAAUCCUCCCCCAUGGUCUACCCACUGCAAACCAACUCACAGCAAAGCUGCAACAUCUCAACCUCCACCCUACCAUCGCCAGAGACUAACCUGGGGAAAGAGAUUGACUUCCCCCUUCUCCCCCAAUCCUCCCCCAUGGUCUACCCACUGCAAACCAACUCACAGCAAACUGCAACAUCUCAACCUCCACCCUACCAUCGCCAGAGACUAACCUGGGGAAAGAGAUUGACUUCCCCCUUCUCCCCCAAUCCUCCCCAUGGUCUACCCACUGCAAACCAACUCACAGCAAACUGCAACAUCUCAACCUCCACCAUACCAUCGCCAGAGACUAACCUGGGGAAAGAGAUUGACUUCCCCCUUCUCCCCCAAUCCUCCCCCAUGGUCUACCCACUGCAAACCAACUCACAGCAAACUGCAACAUCUCAACCUCCACCCUACCAUCGCCAGAGACUAACCUGGGGAAAGAGAUUGACUUCCCCCUUCUCCCCCAAUCCUCCCCCAUGGUCUACCCACUGCAAACCAACUCACAGCAAAGCUGCAACAUCUCAACCUCCCAGUGGAAGAGUCUUCUACUAGUUCCAACUACUGUGGAUGAUGCGUUUUACAGGGACAUGAAUGAAGAUUAGUUUUACAGGGACAUGAAUGAAGAUGAGUUUUACAGGGACAUGAAUGAAGAUGAGUUUUACAGGGACAUGAAUGAAGAUGAGUUUUACAGGGACAUGAAUGAGGAUGAUGAGUUUUACAGGGACAUGAAUGAGGAUGAUGAGUUUUACAGGGACAUGAAUGAGGAUGAUGAGUUUUACAGGGACAUGAAUGAGGUGUAUUUCAAGACAGUUUUUUUUUCUUCAUCUCCUAAGAAUGUGUUGUCUGUAAAAAGCUGCAGCUCUGGCUCAGCCUGGCACACAGCAACCCAGAUGUAGUCUUAAUGGGCAGUUUGUCUGUCGCCUCAGUCAUCAUCUUUAGGAGAAGUUCUGUUGGAAAAUGUAUUAUUGUAACUAUUUAUUUGUUAUAUUUGAUGUUUCUAGCUAACUCUUUAUGCAGAAACAUUCAUCUCAUGUCUUUGGGAGAAAUCGUGGUCAUGAAAAUGAUGGCUGACACACUUGUGGUUGAAUUAUGUUUUUAGCCAAAUGGUGGCAAUUUGGCUGAGACCGUAUACUCAAACACAUCCUGUAUUCUCUUGAUUGAAUCGACACCAUACUAAAAUCUGGUCAAUUGGAAUAUUAGUCAACAUGAAAUUAGGUUAUGUACGUAACAGUACAUCAAACCUGAAAUAUUAAUACAAUAUUUGUCUUUAUACCUUUCAGCUAUGAAUAUUCUAUUUCAGAAAGUGCCCAACAUUGUUAAUCUGUGGUGUUCCACAUGAUCCAUUCCUCUCAAGUUAAGACUCUCUGAUAUUUCCUGUAGUUCAGGUUACCUAUACUAUACCUCUAGAGAGGAAUCAUUAUAUGUACCAUUGUCAUAAUAUUGUCAUAAUCGGUAACAUACUCUGCAGGGGUUGACUGACUAAAUGAAUGAAACAGCAAUAUUACUUACACAAGGUAAUUAUUUACAUCUUUACCCCUAACAUAUACCUUGUAAAGACCCCCGUCCCAUCAAAUGUUAUACUGUAAUCCUUAUCCAAUGAGGACACCUAGGAAACAAAUGUAGGUAGAGUAGCGUGGUUACCAAGUGUCUCAUUUUGCUUUAGCAAACUCCCCAGGCAUUCAUUGUCAUGCCAUAUGGACAUGGGAGAAGUUGCCUUAAGCUCUUACAGGUGUGGGUGGCUAGCACCAGGCUAUAGGCACAGCACCCAGUGGGCAUCUAGACAGGCAACAGUGAAGGUGAACAUGGUGGAUAAGGUCAGGUCACCCCGUAGAGAAUGACAGAGGUCUCAAGUGGCCUAAAGGAGGGGAUUCAGUGUGUUGCUCUGGUGAACACACAGCAGUAUGCAAGGUGAGUGAAAAGCCCUGCAGUAUUGUUGGAAUGGGAGGAUAACAAACCAUUUGGUGGAGAUGAUGAUGGCCUAUAGGUGUAGUAAAUAUUGGUCGAUAACCAUCUAAAUGCCUAGUUGUACUAUGUGCUGAUGAAACUGUGCAGAAUGACAAUUCUCUCAGAAAGACAGAACUGUGUACUGGGUCAGUUAGCCUACAAUACAUCCUGUUUCACCUUAUUGAUCUACAAGUCCCAACAACUAAUAUCAAUUUGUCAAGUUAAUGCAAUAAGUGGCUAAACCAGAUGAUUCCCUUUCAGCCUGAACUACCUGGGUUCUCCACAUGAUGUCAGUAGUAGGCUGCAGUACGUUAGGAAGCAGGUACAAGGUAGCACAACCAUCUGGGAUGAUCAAAAAUGCUGUCAACUAUUAGAUGACGAUAUAAGCAAUUCAGAAAAGACCACAAACCACAACUUGUAUAAAAAAAAAAUAUUUAUUGAAGUGAAAAGGGAGGAAAUCAAAAGUUUGUCUCAUGGUGAGGAAUUAGCUUUGAUGACAGUGGGUUAAACAUGUAAGGGGAACAUGACUGAGGUAGGUCUAUCUGACCACGAACUGCCCUAUGCUUUAACAAAAGAAAAUGCAAAAGGUGUUUUCUUUGCACAUUGCCCAGCGGUGUAUUAUAUAGGUGGGGAACGAAUAUGGACUCCAAGAGUUGGACAGCAAUAACAAAUUUGGAUUCAGUGAGUAUUUCUGUGAAUAGAAUUGGGUGAAAAUGGAAAUCGUGUACCAGAUUCAAUUAGCCUAUUUUAGGGUACGGCUGCACAGAUAUUCAAUAUCUUACUACAGUUCAUCGUUACAAUUAAUUAAGUGUAAAUGUCUGCCAUUAUCAAAGAGUAAUAGAAAAAAAAUAGAUUUGGUCAGUAUUUACAAAUAACAGGUCAUUUCCGAACUAUCAAAGCUAGGGGUUAAGGAGAAGCAUUGUGACAAAGGCAGACAUUCUUUACUCUGCUUAAAAAGAUGCCCUGUAUACAGUCCAUUCUAUGAACGUUUCAACACCCGUUCCAUGAUGAAAACAGCACAUACAACGACACACGGAUGACACCACAAAACGCUUCAU